AUGUCGAAAAGAGAAGUCAGAAAACACAUCAGAAAAGUUCUCAAUACCCUCAGUGAUGCGCGACUGGAGUCUCAGUCGACUUGUGUGGCUGAACAGCUCCGUGCGUUAAAGUGCUACAGAGAGGCCUCUAACGUGUCUGUGUAUCUCAGUAUGCCAAAGGAGGAGCUGCGAACUCUCCAAAUACUGGCAAACGCACAUUCAGAUGGGAAACGUGUGUUUAUUCCACGGAUCACAUUGAGCAAAGAAAAUUCUAAUUAUAUAGGCGACCGCAGUGACCAUUUGACGAUGCUGCUUCAAUCAGAAGCUCAGAUAGCACAGCUAAGGCCUCGUGGAAAAUACGCCUUGCUAGAACCACAAAACUACGAGCCAUCGCUAGAUGCUGCCAACUGCGGUGGACUUGAUCUGGUGGUGGUGCCUGGGAUGGCAUUCACACAAAACGGUGCACGAUUAGGUCACGGAAAGGGUUAUUAUGACGACUACAUCAAGAGACACGAGAUCAUAACCGGUAGACGACCUGUGUUGGUCGGGGUGGCGCUACAGGAGCAGAUUCUUGAGUCUCUACCGUUAGAGGGACAUGAUGAAAAACUUGACUAUGUUCUUGUGGCAACGAAAAGUUGA